GCGCAUCGAACGCGUCUGCGCUGGAGCCAAGCUGGAGCGAACAAGGUUAUAGAACCCCCGCAAACGCACAAACAUAUGUCAAUAGACCCCGAAUGUGCCAUCACUCUUCCCCGACCGGCACCCUCACCUCCCCAUGGGCAACAGUCCCUCAUCCCCCUCGCGCCCGCGCGAGCAGCGGCACGACCGCUCGUCGACUGCGUCUCUCUCACCGCGCCCCAUCCGCCACAACCGUCGCUCGCUCGAGCUGCCCGAUCUCGUGCCCUCUCUCGCCCUGCAGAACUCCUUCCGCCGCCGCAACGACAUCCCCCCGAAAUCCGCCUCGAUCCCUAUCCCUCACGCCGCGCCGGACGACCCUGCGCAGAGCAUUCGCCCUCAGAACGUCUUCUCCACAGAAUCUAUCCCAGGCUCCGCACGUCGGUCCUCGCGCUCCAGCCGUGGCAGUAAGACUAAGCGCGGGUCUGUGAGAGUGGAAGAAGUGGAGGUACAAACCAUUGAGGAGGUGUAUGGAAGUGUGGAUGAGCUUCCCCCACCGCCUGUUCCUCCGGGGUCGUAUGUGCCUGAGACCGUGCUCUCGACGAUCCCCAAGGGCCUCGAGACGCGAUCGAGGGUGUACGCCGACACGGACAAUGACACCCUGAUGGCGAAGAAGGAUACCCCGGAUGGGACCACCCCGUCUAUCACAAAGGUGGAAUGGAAGGCGCCUGCGAAGACAGUCUCCCUUCUACGAGCAGAUGAUAGCUGGGAGGGGAAGGUUCCCAUGCAUCAAGAGGGAGAUGGCUUCUAUGUAGAGCUGGAGCUAGCACCAGGAACACAUCAUUUCCGUUUCUGCGUGGAUGAACAAGUCCGCGUCGCAGAUCAUAUCCCCACCACUGUCGAUGACAAUGGCCAACUCGCAAACUACAUUACCGUCCUCGGUCGCUCCUCUGGCGACAGCAGCCCCGCCCCUACCCCCGAGUCGAUACGGUCCCCCGCCCUCUCCCCUCGUCACGCACACGGUUACUCCUUCUUCACUACCACCAGCUCUACCGACAGCACCGACAACAUCUACGAGCAAGUCAUGCACUCGCUCGGCACCCACAAAGACUACCAUACGCCCGUACCCGCACCCCUACCACCACGAGGGCGAAAAAAUCGAGAGAAGUGGACCUCGGAGAUUCCCGAGGAACUUAUCGCCGCAGCCAGGGAGGAGGACGAAUAUCUCAACGCUCAGCCUCAUCAAAAUGCGAACGGGCAACACGUUCAUAUUCAGGGCUUCCGGCCAGCGCCAUGCGUCCCGCCAGCACCGAGUAUGCCCAAGCACCUAGACCGGCUAAUCCUCAACUCGUAUCCCGUCGUCGUCCAGAGUCCGUCUGGCAGUCCAUCUCGAGGAGGCGGCAUGCGCGAGCGCGUCGUCGACCGAAACACUCGUCGCGAGAUACCCGGGAUGAGCAUGGUCACGACUGACGCUGAGGACCUCGAGCAAGGCAUCCCAGUUGCGACUGCCAGCGGCACGAACCUGACAGCUGCGAUGAAAAAUGGCCACGCUCCUCGAACACCGACUACUCCAGCGCUGAAGGGAGGCGAACCCCGUGCGCCCGCAUUGGACGACAGCAGCGUUCUUCCUGUACCAAGCCACGCCGUGCUGCACCACCUAUCCACCAGCUCCAUCCGCAACGGUGUACUCGGCGUUGGCACCACGACGCGCUAUCGUGACAAGUAUCUAACGACGAUCUACUACAAACCUACGUGAAGCUAGAUGCCCUCUGUUGUACUAUCAAAACCGCUUCGUGCUUGCUUUAUUGUCUGUUUGCUGAUCACGACCCAUCGCUCUUAUGUUGUAUCCCCCAUCACGUCCCAUUGCUCGCUAUAUAGACGCCUAAUCGCUCAUUGUUCCCGGAAGGUCGCUCAUGUGUCCAUAGUUACAUUCGUCUCGGAUCGGUUCGUGUACUCAUGGACUGCUUAGAAUACCCCUGUACCAUCCACCUACGGUGAACGAGAGUCUGUAUGCUUUUGCAUCAUGACCUAUGCAUACACACGACUGGCGUGACCUGCUGAACUUGGACUUAGCCAGA